GGUAGCAGCGUAUGUUUCGUAGAAAGAGAAAAUGUUGCAAUCGGUAUGUUGCAGAUUCAAUGUGAAUAAACACGUAUUAUAUAUAUAUUAUAGAAAUAUUUUAUUAAAAUAAUUUAUCUUUUGUCAAGCUGACAUGUGUAACAACAUUAUAGAUCAGUCAUAAUAAAUAAAAAAUUGUUUUAAAACGAAUGGUCCUGUUCACGUAUUGUUUCAGACUCUCAAACAAUUUCAGAUUUGAUACGUUACGUUAAUUUACGUUAGCGAACCACACGAACGAAGAAUAUUCUUUAGAUAUGGAGAGAUUCAAGAAGAUCGAUUGGAAUCCUGCAUUAGAAGAUAUAAUAGACGAUGUAUUCAUCAAGGACGAGAGAUUAGAGCAGGAGAGUGCAAUGUACAGGAUCAUGAGAGAUGAUUUUACAGAUCCGUUUGAAGAUAUUGAACAAGAUUAUGCUAAUGUUAAUAUGGAAUUAAUACAAAAAUUUCUCUCCGAAGAUCCUCUCACUGAUUCAGAGGAAGAAGAGGAGCAGAAAACCGACGACAGAAAAAGAAACAGAAAAAAAAAGGACAUUGAUAUCGAUUGUAAACAAAACCAAGAAAAAAGGCCGUAUCUCCCUGGCAUAAGAAAAUUACCAUUUAAUUUCCCUAAAAGAUCUUGUUUGACUAAGGCGGAGCAGAAUAUGUGUCUUCGUGUUUUAUUGAAAUUCAGCAAUAAACAAAAGGAGUUGAGCAAGGAAGAACAAUCAGAGAUGGAAUCUUACAUAGCAUUAAAAGACAAAAUACUUGAAGAACAGAAAGAAUUUUUAAACUUUGCCAAGAGCAAAUGGAAUGAUAGUUUCAAUUGGCCGAUUAAAUAUAACAGAUUUAUAAUAUCUAAAUGGAACACAAAGAUGAAGAAGUUUAAAAAAUUACCUAGAUAUUAUAUUGAAUCUAAAAAUAUAUCACUUUCGAUGCAAAAAAUUAAUUCCACGUUUAAUAAAAGCAUUGAAAUAAAAUUUAUAUCUUGUUUACAUCAAUUAGGAUCUUUUUCUAAGGUGAUGUGGCCAAAGCUCGAUCGGCCGAGUAUGUUAAACGUAAAACCUGCAAUAUUGUUUAGCAAAUAUCAAUGCGUCACACCUAACAAAGUGACGCAACAUUUCAGAUUACCCGUGAGCGACGAUACAUAUUGCGAGAAACUUGCGAUGGAAACCAAAGCGGAUUUUGUUAUCUCAUCUAGUGGCCUUAAAUGCCUACUAAACACUGAUUCGUAUUACUUGAAUUCGUGGAUCAUACCGAUUGUAAUAAAAUCGCAUAAUGGGAAAAAUGUUGUCUACAUCGAUAAAAAAAUACCGUCCAGCCUUGCCACAAUACCGCAAAAAAACACUUGGGUAUACAAGUACAUCCUUAGGCACUGUUUUGCCGGUGCUAAUAAUGAAAUGUUUAAAGAAAAAAUGCAACACACAGAAGAGAAUAAACCUGAAAAAGCUGCAGUCCAUUCGGAUAUAGGCAAUAUUGAUUUGGAAUGUAGUGCUGAAUUUAAUGAUUAUCUUAAAAUCUAUGAAGAAGAUUUGUAUUCCGCAAAUGCGGAAAAAUCGGAAAAUUUGGAUGAUCUAGCAAAUGACAACGAGACAAACGAUACCAAAACAAAUGUAAUGUACAAGCUUUUCACAAUAGGGCCAAUGGAAUCUUUGAAUUAUGAAUUGGGCAAACAUGACGUGAAGACAUAUCAGAUGUUGGUUCGUACGAAAAUGGAUGGCACAGAGGUAUUGCCAAAUGGAAAAUCACAGUAUGUAAUGUUAACACCAAAAAUGGAGCACCAGUUAGGAUUUGGGGCCGAAGCCGUAACAUUUGAAGAAGUAUCACAUCAGUGGGCGUCAUUGAUAUUUAGACCAGAGACUUCGUUAGCUAGAGUCAGGAUAGCAGCAGAUACUUCAGAAAUAAUACAAAUAGAAAAACACACUACAACAUCAUUAAGCAACGAAAUGAGAAGACUUUAUAAUGUUAAAAUAGAAGAUUCUUUAAGUAUUCUGCAUAAUAUAAUUGAAGGAUUAUCAUCCUUGACUCCUGGUCGAUAUAUUAUGCGCCAUGUUCCACAAAGAGGACCAUUUGCAUAUGUUUAUAAACAAGUUGGAGAACCUGAGAAAAAUGUUUUUGAUUUACAAAUAGUUUGCCAAUCUGCAAUGUUUCAAACUGUACCUAAAACACCGUGGCCACACAUUGACACUAUAUUAACAACACCAGCAAUAAGGCACUUCAAGAAAAUGCCUGCAAUGUUUAACGCAUAUCAAUCUUUUUCUGGUCAACCUAAAAAAAAGCCCAAAAAGAUUGAUUUUACCAAAUCAGCACCUCGAAGAAGUCUUCGGCUAAAAGAAGUGAAUGAAAAGUAAAAGAUAAAAUGCAACAAAAUUUUUUUUUAAAUUUUCGUUUCGAGAAGAGUUUUGCUCUUUCCAAAUAUCUGUUGUUUAUUUUAUAAUCCAUUCUUUACUUCUAUUCUUCAUUAUGCUCUUACAAUGCCCUUUCUUUUGCACUGCUCUUCCUACUUUACACAAUCAUGAAAUUAAAAUCGCAUAAAUCUUUGACACAUACAUUGAUAUACAAUACGGUAAAAAGCAAUGCAAGGGAAGAGUAAAGCGAAGAAUAUUUAAUUACAUGUGCAAUUGAUGCAGUAUAAAGUAUAUAACUAUAAUUUUGUUCAUAUAUAUAUAUACAAAGUAUAAUAUGGAGAGGAUCAAAGGAUAAAAAAACAUCUAAUAGUUCCCACUAUUACUCUAAUGGCAUAUGUGCAGAAAGAAAAUGUUUUGUUUUUUAUUUGCUGUUUGAUUUUAAAUAAGAAAAGAAAGAAGGUAUAAUUAUAUAGGGGAAAUGUUAGUGGGAAAAACACUGAAAUUUACUUUAUUGAUGUUAUUUGAUUUAUAAUUUUGUCUAUACAUGUUUAUAAUCUUCAUUAAUGCAUAAUUAAAUAAGUAUAUUAAAGGUAAAUAAACUUUCAAAUAAACUUAUGCUUUGACAUGCAUAUAUUGAAUAUUUGAAUUU